AUGGCGAAUUAUUUUAGGAAAUUUCGACUGCUGAUAUGGAAGAAUUUUUUGCUUCAAGUAAGUUCUCUAUCUGACCGUUCUAGGUUCUGCUGUAUUCUAGAGCUCGGUUCAUAAAUCUCGUUAACCUUUUACUUAAGGUCUCGGUAAAGGAAAACGAGGUGCCCACAGAAAAAAAUUCUAGUCGCGCGAGUAUUUUCGCUACAAAGGCAAGUUAUAUAUCAAAUUAAAGCUAAAAGACUAAAUUACCUUAUGAAAGAUUUUAUUUCAUCGAAUUUCAAAAGGCGCUUAAGUUUUUUUGCUCUCGAACUCAGAGGUAUCGAGUUUACUGCUGAAGCUCCAGCCCUUUCGCGUUGUUAAAUAUUCACUUCCUUUUUAUUGCAUCUGAUUGACAGAUAAAAGACCUAAAAAAGGGUGUGAGGAAAUUUGCAUAUGUCUCGUAUUAGCGGAAUUAUUGCAUUUCAAACUAAAAAGUCGAAUCUCGAGCGCGAUUUACGCAAAGAAACUGGCAUAAUAUGAGUUACAAAGGGAAAUCGGAAAAUUCCUCACACCCUUUUUGAGUCUAUAUCAUUAUCCAUCGUAUCUGAAAGUUUCAAAGCGAUAGCUUAAAACCUGUCCCGACUGGAGGUCGGAGAAUUUUGAUUUUUGCGUCUAAAAUAGAGUGAGAGAAAAUCAGCUCUAAAGAUUUAGCGCGAGGUCCACGCUUGGCUGGUUAGCUCAGAAAAGGCUCAUUUUAGAAGGGUUAAAAAGCACUUUCUGAUUUUCUUUUUCUUCCAAAAUAAAAUUUAGGACCCACUCAUGCCAAAAAUCCCAAAAAAACAAAAUCGAGCAAUGUACUAAAAUUUUCAUUUACCGAGACCUUAAGGCCAAUUAUGUUCACGACUCAUAACUGAUUUAAUUCAACAACACUUUGUAAGGAGAAAAUUUUAUUAUCAGCUCCACCAGCAACGCGCUCAUACUCUAGAGCAGGAAAUUUGAUGUUAUAAUUCGAUGAUAUAUUAGGAAUGGACGUGUUCUUCUGCUUUAUGCUUUAUGGUAUUAUUUUUCUUAAAUCUCUAAACAGCUGUAUAGCUACGGGGCAUUUGCCCGCCUUGUCAGUCCCGGGGGUGGGGCAUUUGCAAAUCUUGCGCUGCCCGGGGGCCGGGCAUUUGCCAACCUUUGCCUGUUGACACGCACGCGGCUUCCUAUUAGAAUAUAACUACACAGAGGAUUUUACUAGAAAAACAAGCAGAUUCGCUUGUUUGUCAAGGACGGGAAAAAAUUGAAGAGGUUUGUAAAGGUGUGUUCUCGAUUUUAUGCACGCAUGUCUUCAUUGCUUAUCAAGCCAGAAUUACAUAGCAAAGCUCAGAAGCUGUCGAGGUGAAUCAACAUUUUUUUGGUUAUUGAAUCAAGUUUCUCUUGAUAUUAUUUGAAGAACAUCCUUUCAUAUUUAUAAAACUAUUCAUAGCAGUUAACUUUAUGGUGCACUAUUAAUUUUAAUGUCAAUAAUUUUAUAACAUAAUCUAAAACUAUAGACUGAUGUCGUCACUGCGUGAAGUCUUAAUUAGAAUAGCACUAUUACAAAGGAAGACGUUUAUUGAAACAAAAAAUCGCACAUUAAAAUGCUUAAAAUGGCACUCCUUGAUGGUGCGAUCAAUGAAAAAUGUUGCAGUGUUGACGGAGGAUGGGGUAUUUGCCCUCUUUUUUCAUCACCACCCCGGGGGAUUUGACAGCUCGAGAGUCCCCACCCCUGGGAGUUUGCCAUCCAAGGGAAAAAUAAUGGUAAUUCACGGGGGUGAGGUCAAGGAAGGGGGGAGGGGGGUUGGGUGCAGCUGGAAUUGACUGAUGCAUAAACUUUAUGAUCUCAGUGAUAAAAUAAUCAUAUGUGCUGAUUCCUCUCUUUCUAGGUCAAACACCAUUCUUUACAUGUGACAAAUGCAAUGUGAAUAAGCAAAAUCUAUUGUUUUUGUUCAUUAGCAUAAGAUUCAUUGAGUUUUGUUCCUGGCCUCAAUGUAGGCGCAGACCUAGGUUAAAUAUUGACCAAUUUCCUAAACGUGUGCAUGCAAAAGGCGCAAGUUUCUAGCGGGGUGUGGGGGCAUGCGCCCCUGGGAAUUUUUUUGCGUUUGACUUCCCUUAAGUCACCUUUUCUGGCUUUUGGAGUCAUUCUGGCAGGAUAUUGGCCAGAUUUUAACUUAGAAAGUUUUUUUUCCUCAUCAAAAAAAACAAAAUAAAUUUUACGAAAAAUCUGACUGUUUUUGUUAAAACAGUGGAAACCAGUGUGGAUGCUUGCUUGUAAUGACCCACUUAAAGCAAAGAUUUUGCAAUAAAUGUCUUCAUAGAGCCAAGGGCUGCAACGGAUGACCACACUGAGGGGUUUGCAGUUGUGGGUUCAAAUAUUACCAUUGGGUUGUUUCUUAAGAAAAUUAAUUUUGCUCCUGUUUGUCCCCCUAAUUGAGAAGGACAGAGGGGUUAGGAGCCUGGGAGAAUAGGAAGAAGGAGGAGUACAGGAGGUCAGAGAGUAUGGGGGAGGUGGGAAUUCUAAAAGGGUGGGAAGUGGGAGAAAUAGGGAGAAAAUAUUAUGCAAAAAUGCUUUAUAUUUUUUUUGAAAGGGGCUAAUGGAAGGAACCCAAGAAGUAAGGGAUGGGAACUGCCAAUCCAGUGUACCAGAGGUGGGAGUUUUGGUGGACCUUCUCGUUCUCCCCUGUUCCCUGCUCCCUCUCUCACCCACUGAGGGUAACCCUUCAGUGGCUUAGGUCUUGUGCCUAGCAUCCCAAUCAGGAAGGAGGAGAAGCAGUGCUUCUACUGUAGGUUUUUUUGAUGCUUCAUGCCACAAAAUGGAGGUUGUGAACUCUGGGCUUCUAAUUCCUAGUGGCUUGUAAUGCACUGUUGAUUUCUCAACACUUCAUGAUUCAAAUGUGACCAAUGUGAAUAAUUUUCUAAUAGUCCAUGGAUAUAUAUUCAGGAGAAAAGGUUUUGAGAAAAUCAUGAAUAAAUUAACCAGCAAGCUGUGGCUUGAGUAAUAUGUAUUUGUUUAUUCCUGGUUAUGUCAACAGAAACGAAGACCUAUUGGGACUGUUUUUGAAAUCCUCAUUCCGAUUGUUGUGAUGGGCAUUCUUAUUCUAAUUCCAUUGUAAGUAUAUUCACAUGCAUUUAACUGUAUAUUUUGCCAGCAAGUGUACAUUUUGUACAUUUACAAAUUGUGGUAAAAAAUUGUAGAUUACUCUUAUUUUUCUGCUGUGAGAACAGGAACUGCAAGAACUUUGCUGUGGAUCAGGCACAAGUUGGGAAGUUUUAUGACAGGCAAUUGCACCUCCUUUUUUUUUAAUAAAAAAAUACCACUAAAACAUUUUUUUUCCCUCUAUUAGGACAUCACCAUCAGCACGAGACGAAUGUUUUUGUAAGUGUCAUUCCUUAACAAAACUGAAAAAUUCAGUAAUAUUUUGAAGCUGUAAUGAGGUACUAAAGUGUUGAGACACUUCUGUAAAUUGGCCCCUUAAUUUUGCAUGUGGACAUACCUAUCCCCUUCCCCUGUGUACCCACACCCCCUUCCCUCAAAACUGAUGGUUUAUUUUAGACAAAUCAGUAUUUGCUAUAAAGUGAACAGUAUAUAUGUGAAACUUAAUGCCACAACAGUGUGUUUUGCUUUCUUUUAGCUGUAUAUCAAUCAACAGAGAUUGAUGUGAGCAACAUGAAGUACGAUGGUGGAAAAUUGGCUUUCUUCCCACAAACUGAAAUAGGUAUCAGUUUUAGAUUCCAAGUUAGAUGAUGAUGAUGAUGAUGAUGAUGAUGAUAAUGAUAACGAUAAUAACGCAGUUGAAGCUCUUGUAAGUGACCACCUCUGAAAUUCGAAAAAGUGGUUGUAACUAGAACACACUGCAGAAUGCCACUUUAGAUUAUGGUGAUAAUGACGACAUGAUGAUUGAAAAUUAAUGCUUAUGCAAAUUUUGGGGGGAUAAACAAGGCUUUUUUUGGUCAAUGUGAAAGUGGUGAAUUGUAUACAAAAGUGAGUUAAGGAUUAAGAAAUCAACUCACUUAUUGUUUUUAAAUAGUUUUGCACAUAAUAUUUUGAUACAAUAUAUGUCAUUCAUACUUACUUUAAUUCUUUUUAGUGUCGAAGUUGAUGGCAAGAGUUGAAAACAUUACAGGUUUGGAAGCUGUUAGUACCAGUAACACUACUGGCAAGCCAUGGUCAUCUGGGGCUAGUAUGGCUGCUGAAGUAUCUGAGAAAGAUCAAAACUACUAUUUUGGGGGUAAGCAAAUGCAAAAUGCCUUAUAACCCAAGAAAACAAAAAAUAACAACAAACAAUUUUACAAAAACAAAGCAAGAAGAAAAGCAAACAGACAAUGAAAAACAAAACAAAAUAGAAAAGAAAAAGAAAAAUGCAGUGUUGGUUGGAAUGACAGUGCUCCAAGUUACAGAGCUUAUAAUUCUGGCAAUUGUGAUUGUCCUUUGUAUUCACUGAGGAAAAUCUCAGUCAGCUGUACAGUGAAACCUCUAUUAAGUGGACCCCCAAUUAAGCGGACACCCUCUAUUAAGUGGACACUAAGCCAAUGGUCCCGAAAUUAAUGUCUUAUAUAUUUUCCUUCUUAUGAACCCCUAUUCAGCGGACAGCUCUAUUAAGCAGAUGCAGGCACUAAAGUAAAUUGUAUUUGGCUAAUUUCUAUUGUUAAUAACCUCUAUUAAGUGGACACCAGACUGAAUUGUCUUGACAAUAGUAGUAGUGGAUUACAUCCUUGAAAUACGUACUGUUGUCAAUUAAUAAAGAUAAAUCAAUACAUUUAGCUGUCAGUAAACUGUAGAUUAGACGGAAAGUCUUUGCACGAAGUACAGCACCGCUUCCUUAGCUUCCUUAACAACGUGGAACUUUAUCACAGUACAGAGUAUUACCGUUGAAAGUUAAUCGUUAAAAAACAUUGCUCAAUUUUUGCAAACCUUAAGCAGACACCCUCUAUUAAGCAGACACUUAGGAAGGUCCUAAAGGUGUCCUCUUAAUAGAGGUUUCACUGUAUUUUACAUUACCAACCUCAAAAUUGUGUACCAAGGGUAUUAGACAAAUAUCAUCCUUUUUUAUUUCAGCCAUUGAGUUUUUAAUUGAUGAUGAGGACAGUCUUCCAAAGCAAGUCAAGUAUGCCAUUCGCUUGAGGUCUGAGGUAUAUUCACCAUGGAACACAGACUCGACUUAUCCACAGUACAUUCCCGAUAGCCCUGAUACAUGGUAAAUAAUGAUAAGCUCUCAAUGUAUUGAUGUAAAUGUAGUUAUUUGAAAAACAUGCUGAAUUUGGACAUCAUACAUUCAUCGUUAAAUUUUGUCACUGUAUCACACAUUAUGACACGAUUGUGCUUAAAACAGUGCUGCUUAUAUGAUGAAUUCACCCAUUCACCCUUGAAGAUCUUUUCAAAAACUGCGGCUAUUUGAAGGUUAAGCCAAGCAGUUUUAUGACCUCCAGUCAUGAAAUGAUGUCUGAGGAAUGAGUGCAGAAAUGUCCAUACUAAUGACCUAUCACUAUACCCAUAAUAUUCUGUUGAAGAUCAGUCAAAGUAAAUUUCCCUUGUGGCACAACCCAAUCAGAAGAACUGUUACUCAGAUCCGGGUAGUGAUACGUUAUUAUUAUGAUAUUUCUGGGCUUGUUCCUCAGACAUUUUGUGGGGAGAUCGACCGAGUGGUGGUAUUAUAGCGAAAUGUCAACUCGUUUCUUAGACCACAUGUAGAACAAAAGUGGGCAUUGAUGGAAAAACUUGGAGCCAAUUAAAAUGGAUUGCAGUUGUGGAUUUUGAACUUGCUAGCCAAGUAGUUUUCAAAGUUCAUUUUUGUUGGUUGACACAAAGCUUUGAUUUUGUUUAGUGUCUCUAUGACUGAAGAAAUAAACCCACUUUUUUUAUGUUUUAGGCGAGGUUCAAAUGUUGAACUUCUAGUAUGCAAAAUGAGAUGCUACCCUUUGGUUUUCAGCAUAUUACAAAAUGGAAUAAAAUUAUUAUCUACUGACGUUUCAGCUGACAUUUGAGCUUUGAGAGCAAGGGACUAACUACUGUACCACUUUAUCCUGUUCUUUUUUUUCCUCAGGAGCCAAUAUGAUUACAAGUUUUUGCCACUUCAGUAUGCAAUUGAUACUGCUAUCAUGCAAAUGCAAGCUGCCUUGUCACAUGGCAUUCCUGUGAAAAUGAAGGCGAGUAUAUAAAUUAUGCAGACAUGAAUGGUUACAUGUAGGCCUUCACUAUUAAUUUCACCGCGUAACUUGUUAAUUUACGGUAACAAAAACCUCAUGGUCUUGAGGAUUGGGGUUUUAGGAAGUUUGCCUUUGUCAUCGUCAUCUUUAUUAUCACUACCAUCGUCUUCAUCAUCGUCAUCAUCAUUGCCAUCUUCAUCAUAGCCAUCAAUAUCAUCAAAGUCAGUGACAUCAUCAUCAUUAUCAUCGCAGCCAUCUUAUCAUCCUCACCUUCAUCAUCAUCGUCAUCGCCAUUUCCAUUUCCAUCAACAUCACCAUCAUCAAUUUCAUCAUCAUCAUUUUCAUCAUUGCCAUAAUCAUUAUUGUCAAUUUCUGGAGUUGCUAUAAAUUUGGCUUGUUCUUGGUUAGCUUGUUCUUAUAUUAUAUAAUCUUGUUGCACAAACCAUAACUUUGUGUUUUUCCUGCUGGAUAGAUUUUUCCUUACCCAAACUAUACAACAAAUUUUGGGAUGAAUAUGGUAUCCCUGUUUAUGCCUCUGCUGGUUAUGUUGGGCCUGAUGUACUCAGCUAUGACAAUUAUCAAGGUAGUACAAUUACAAUGGAAUCGUUUUCUUGUCAUAAUUGUUUUGUGCAGAAACAUCUUUAAUUCCCUUAGUUCUCAGAAUAACAAUGUUUGCUUGGGCAAGGUGUAUUUCUUAGUAUGAAACAAAACAAAUUAAGUUACAACGUCUCAUGAAAAAUUUUCGGGCUUCUUAAUAUUCAAAAAUCUCCUAAUCUAGAUCUAUUACAUGUAUUUGAUAUUAGUGUAUUGUAUACCUGCCAACUUUUCCUGAGAUAUAAGCGUGAGAUUUUUAUCGUAUGAGUGCUGGGAUUUUUUAAGACGACACGAUCAUUUCCGAAGAUUCCCGAAGAAGUCCGAAGGUCUUCCGAAGACGUCCGAAGUCUUCCGAAGACGUCCGAAGUCUGUCAAAGGCGAGAUCGCGAGGAAGGUAUUGUCAUUUAUUCAUUUUACACAUGGUUUUCGUUCCUUACAUGGGUCUGAGUUAACAUAUUUUUGAAAAUUGUGUCAAGCAAGACGGCAACAACUCACAUUUUUCAAUCAGGCGUGAGAAAUUGGCCCGCAAGCGUGAGCCGGCGUGAGAUCGAAGUUUUCAACCCGCAGGCGUGAGACUCACGCUCAAGGCGUGAGAGUUGGCACGUAUAGUAUUGUGGAGAUUUCUCUUUCUAGUAUAGCAUAGUUUUGGCUUGUAUUCUGUGGAAACAGGUGAUGAACGUUUUCCUUACAAGUGUAGUUGGGUUUGCCCAAAAAAAAGAACUUUUUAACGAUUUUUUUGCUAUUUAAAACUAGUAUAAAGCUGUGCUGUUUAGUUCAUUUGAAAAAUGUUUGCAGUACAUUAUUAGUACUAGCCUAGCUAUGUGGUUGUAUUUAAAAUUGGAGGUUGGUUACAGGUUUUGACUAAACUUUCUGUUAUAUGUAUGACUUACAUGUACUAUUAUGUGGAAUAAUUUUGCUAGGAGCUGGUUCUUGAGAAACAGAGCCGCUUAAAGGAAUCAAUGAAGAUGAUGGGACUGCCAAACUGGGUUCACUGGAGUGCAUGGUUCACAAAAAACUUGCUGUUUCUUCUCAUCUCUGUUGUUAUAUUUGUCAUUGCACUCAAGGUAAGUUAGAUUAAUGGGGGAGAUUGCAUCUCUCAGUACAGUUGUUUGUAACUUUAUUAAAAUCGUUUGAGCAAAGUAUAAAUCUCGUAAACAAUAUGCGUUCUUUCACUGACAAAUUUUAAAAUGGGCAAAGUCCAACAUCUUCACGUGCAAAUUGUGUGUAUGAGUUAUUUUUAUAAUCCUGUUUACUAUAUUACUGUGUCAUAAGUCCAAUUCCCUCACGUACGAACCACGAAAGGGGGCAAAGUCCAACACUUUCCCGUACCAGAAGUGUGACUGCACAUCUCAUGUUGGCUUUUCACGGUAAUAGUAACUUGAACGUAUGAAGACCAGUUUCGUUUUGUAACCAAUGCCUUAAAAAAGGCUCUUGUCUUUUAAGAAGCAAUAGCUUUUAAAACGUGAAGAAUUAAGUUGUCAGAGUUAAAGACUUUUUCACUGAGUAGAAUCGCACGUGAAAACCUCGUGAAUGAUUAUGCAACCAUCUACCAUAAUGAUAAAAAUCCUGGUAUUUCGUAACUAUUCGGUAUUCGAUGAACCACAUUUUCUUAAGAAACUCCAAGGAAACCUUAGAGUUUUCCUUCUGAUCUACGUUUGGUGAGUUGAUAUUUAUUGUACUUUAACAAUUUGUUUAACUUGCACCAGAUGUAUCACUCAGGGAAAGACAGAGCGGGAAAGUGAAUAUAUAGCAUGAGGAUCGACUCAGCUGAGCGUUUCGCGUUUUCAUUCAUUUACCGCAAUGCCCAAUUUUUGCCCAAAAACCCAGUCUACAUUUAGCAUGAACAGAUUAACAUCAACAUCGGUGAUCAAGCGAUCAAGACAACAGAUAAUAUCAAGCUACUGGGUGUGAACUUCGACGAGAAUUUAAUUUAUAGCCAACAUAUUAGCGAAUUAUGCAAAAAAGGCCAGUCAAAGGGUGGGCGUUCUCGCCAGGUUAAGAAACUUAAUUACUACGGAGGCUAAACUAUUACUUUAUAAAACUGCUAUCAUGCCAUAUCUCACCUAUUGUCAUCUCACAUGGCAUUUCUGUAAGGCGUCGGAUACAAGAAAGGUUGAAAGAAUUCAAGAGAGGGCACUAAGGAUAGUUUAUAACUCACAUUCAGAAACGUAUAUGAACUUAUUAGAUCGUGCUAAACUACCAAGCCUUCUUAAUAGGAGAUUACAAAACAUAAAUAUACUCAUGUACAAGGUUAAAUAUAGGCUAGUUCCUGAUUUCAUUUGUGACAUUUUCAGUACUAAGUCUUGUAAUUAUAAUAUUAGAAACCAAAAUUUUGAUAUUCCUAGAUUUAAUUCUGUAUUGUAUGGUAAACACUCUCUUAGAUAUCUUGGACCCUUUUUAUGGAACAAGCUAGAUAAAAACAUCACUGAAACGAGCAGCCUAUCUAGGUUUAAGUUUUAUAUUAGAUGUAAGGAUCUUACUGAACUGAUAAAUGGCAACAAUUACUCCGCGUGCGUAAUUUGCACCUCUUAAGUUGUGCCCGUGUUCCUAAAAUUGUUUUGAUUAUUUUAGCAUAUUGUAAAUGUAUAUAUAUAAUAUAUAUAGGAUUAUACUAUAGCUUCUUUUAUAGCUUUUUUAUUUCUUAUCUUUUAUUUAUCGUAUUAUUCAUUAUUUAUUUUAUCUUUAUGUUGUGUCCCCAAUUAGCGUCAGCUAAAUACAUCGACACAUGAAUAAAGUUCAUCAUCAUCAUCAUCAUCAUCAUGAUAAACGUAGAUUCAUCACUCUUGGUAAGGUUUACACUAAAGCAUUCAAAGUAGCUCAUGCAUGUUAAACGUGCCUAUGUUUCUUAAAGGAAAUGUAUGGAGAUCAGUGUAGAGAAUUUGUAUGUGGAUAUUGGGACAUAACAAAUGUAGCCACUGUGACCUGCAGAUUGUUCAGAUAAUUCGCCUUGUGAAGGAUCGACAAUCACAUGUCAGUAUUUUACGCACUUUUGAAAGUUUUCCUUACUUUAGUUUUGUUUUUAUUCUUUCUGUAGGUCCUGGUGUUUAAAUAUUCAGACGUGACUGUGUUAUUAGUUCUGUUUCUCCUUUACAUCUUUGCCAGCAUCUUAUUUUGCUUCUGUGUUAGGUAAAGAAUUAUUGUUCCUUCAUUUUUUUAAAUUCCAACUUGUUUUGUGCUUUUCCCAACAUGGGCCUUCACCGCUAUCUAAACGACUUUAUUGACUUGCUCCCCGCCGCCAGAGCGCCCCGGAGAGCUUGCUUGCAGCCUAGCAAAACAACAACUCUGUAACUCGUGGCUAAAUUUCAGAAAUGAUGUUUGUUGGUUCUUUCCUUUGCUCCGGGAGGUUUUUCUCCCGGGACUCCGGUUUUUCCCUGUCCUCAAAAACCAACACUUCAAACUCCAAUUCAAUCUGGAAAGGACGAACACGUUUAAUCGCGUUUUUAAGAACUCUUAAGUGUUUCGUGGGUAAGCAAAUUACAAUUUUUUCUUUACAUCCGCAAAUCCGAAGCCACGCAUGCGCACAGUUAUGCCAGACAAGCGUGGACCCACUCUCUCAGAGCUGGGAUUAUUUUCUUUCGAAUCGCAGCGCUGAGUAAAAGCAAUAAAGGCUCUGUGAAUGAGAAUGGCGUUAACCGUUUUGAUAUUUGAGACUUGAUUUCUAUCUUUGCAGUGUGUUUUUCUCGCGUCCUGUUCUUGGAAUGCUUCUUGGUGCGCUAAUCUGGAUCGCAACACUGGUACCCUACUUUGUAGUGUAUAAUGACAGUAAAUACAAAGCAAUGACCAGGUACCAAAUACAUGUUUACUUAACUAGUAAUAACCAAAGGUUAAGAAGUGCAAGUGAGUUUCAUGCUUCUGAUCGAAGGUCAAAACGUCCUUGCUACAACGCUGGUGUUUUGCGUAAGUGAUGCGUAAUAGAAGGUCAAAACGCAUGUGUUUAGGUUACGAGUGAUAGACGGCUUUUCGGCUUAUCAGUUUCAAGUCCAAUUUAUAGAAACAACCAAAAUACAACAAGAAAGACGAAGGAAAUUUUUCUUUUAACAUUGGUAAAAUCGUGACCCCUUGUCGAUGUCGAAUGUCCCGCCAUUUUGAGCCUGCGCUCUUUAAACUACUUCCUAGAAAGAACUCUAGUCUCCCUGUAUGACGCUACUAUGUGAUGAUAAUACUUUAGCCUGCGAAUUCAGACGUCUCUCCCUCCUCGUCCCUCGCCGCUAACUUCCUGCAGGCAUGUGCGCAAAUUUCUUCUUAGCAGCUUUACAUCUUCCGUUGUCACCCAAUAGUUUCUGAUUCAAAUUCUGCGUGCGCGUAUGUAGUAUUAGCUUACUUUGAAACGAACUCUUCAUGGGCAAUUUUAUCUAAGGAGUGCCACACAUGCCGUGCGGUACAAACUAACUAGUAGGCUGAUUUAGCAACAGAACGAGAACGUCAGUUGACGACGGCGCGCGCAAAUCAAACAACUGGUUUGGCCAAUCGCAGAGCAGCAAAUUGGGCACCGGAAGUCGAGUUUAGUCCUUUCCGCGCGCUUUCCCGGCGUCAAAUGACGUUCCCGUUCUGUUGCUUAAUCAGCCUAGUAAUGAAUUGCCAAGCCGGAUCUUACGUUGAUAUUUUCAUCACCUAAAUUAGAACGCUCUAGUCCUUCUAUUGACCACUCUGCCGAUGGGCGUGCAUACAUAUCAACUGGUAAACUUCAGUCUACGUAUAUGUGGAUUUCCUUUACAGAUCAGAAAAGGCCGGCGCUUGUCUGUUGCCAAACACCUGUUUGGGUCUUGCAGCCAAACUCUUCGCGCAGUUUGAGACCAUCCGAGUUGGAAUCUCUUGGAAACAGGUUUCCGAGUACCCUUCACCCGAUGAAAAUUUCAAUAUGGUUUGGGUGUUUUGCAUGCUGUUAGCUGAGUGUGCAAUUUUUGGCACUAUCACCUGGUGAGUGGACCGUAAAUGUGAAGUAAGACACGAAUGAUUACCGUAAGCCUCCGUUUGAUACAUCUUCGUAAGGCUUUUCAGGGGGGCUCACGAACAGAGAACUGUAAAUCCGGGGGGAGGAGGCUUAGUACUGUAGUACAUAUAACGAACCACAUAGAGAUCAAACCGGGGGCGGGGGGUGACCAGAGGGCUUAUAACCGAAAUAACGAAACAAGAUAUAAUAGUGCUGAUUAAAAUUCGUUCUUCAUUUACAGUCAACUCCCUUUAUAGCGGACACUGUAGGGACCUCAAGUUAGUGUCCUCAUUAGCGAGAGUCCGUAAUAGCGGGAGUUUAUUUCAGUCAAACGUCUGUAAUUUGGUUUUUCCUGGGAUUUAACUGCUGUCCGUUUUAUCGGGGUGUCCGUUAUAGCGAGGUGUCCGCAAGGCGAGAGUUGACUGUAUUGGUUUUUAAUUAAGCUUCUAAACUUCAUUAAAAAUUCAAACGUCAUGAUCAUUUCAAUACCGGCUCGAUGGGGGCUUCUUAUCAGAUUUGUUCACAAUUAGAUAGGCCCAUACAUAAAUGGAGAGGGGGACUUAUGAGUAAGGAGUUUAUAAGCGGCAGUUUACGGUAGUCAAUGUAGGUCUAAAUAGCUAGAACACAAAAGGGAAAGAAAUUCACUUUCACUGACAUCACCUUUUUCUUCACUAGGUAUGUUGAGGCGGUAUUUCCCGGAGAGUAUGGAAUCCCCAAACCAUUCUACUUCCCAUGUAUGCCGUCAUAUUGGUGUGGUGUUAACAGCCCCAAGGUAAAUCCCGACAAUGACGAUAGAGAGGAGGAGUCGUUACGUCACGUUGCCAUGGUAGCAAAAAUUUUGGAUGACAACAAACCGAAAAAGUCACCUAAAAGUCUAUUCGCACUAUUUUAAACUUCACUGAUCUUAUUCAAUUUCAUUUAAUUUGUCAAAUCUUUGCGAAAUUUUCUUUCGGACCGUAUCUAUCGUAUCUAAGUUAAGAAAAGGAAAGCGACAAUUUUUGUAUGUGUUCACCUACUCCAUAAAGCGGGCUUUUGAAAUUAGGAAGUUUCAUGUCGUAGUGGUGCAAUGGCAAAUGUACAAAAUGGCGUGAUGCACGUCCAAAGUUGUUGAUUGAUAAUAUGAACGUAUUAUUUUUUGCGGUUCCGCCUUGCCGUCGCGUCGCCGUCGUCGUUGGUUUUGUUGUCAUCCAGAAACAAAUCCAUGCUACCAUGGUAACGUGACGUCACACUUCUCUAUAUUAGAAAGUUCCUAAGUAGGAAGGAUUGAUUAUGAAAAUAAUUAUGCUGAGAGUACCUUAACAAAUUUAUCCGUCAAGUAGUACUGUGCCUAUUGACCGUGGCUUAAAGUAUAGGACUUGAAUGUUGAAGAAAUAAAUUUCUGUGCUAGUAUUAAGAAUGUUUUUUCCUCGUUUGUUUUAGCUGAAGUGCCCUUGCGACGAUGAGGCAUGUUCGAAUAAAAAAUGAAUUUCAUGAUCAUACUUUCUGUCACUCUGCCAGGCGCGGUUAUGAAACAGGUCAAGUGGCUGUUGAUGUCUUCUACAAUGUCUGUGGAAAACGUCAAUUGGCACCAUCAACAGCCUAGGCGAAAAUACAGACUGUUUUGUAGUCUAGGUUAAGUGCGCGCGCGUGAUCUGUCAAAGGAAAGGCCGGAAGUGAGGAUAAAAGCGGAGAGUGAGACUGGGGAGAGACGCGAAAGAGAGAUACGUUUUUCCAGUCUCUUGCUGUACACGUGUGAGGCCCACGCGCUUUCGCGAAAAUAUCACGCCGGCCCUUUCACCUUGCAAAACCGAUCUUGAGAAAAAACCCGACUGUUUUUCAGUCUACCAACAGCCCUAUUAAAAACUACACUCACCCAGAUAAUCGUAUCCAAACUAAAACUUACGCGCCAUUUAUAUGGAGAGAAAUUGUCCCGGGAACGAGGGUCACCAUCCCAGCCGAGUCAACUAAAGCGAGCGGUCACUGGAGAAAAAAAGUUGACCCAUUUAUCCCAUCCAAGAGCUGACAACGGUGCUCGCACCUUGACCGAGUUGACCCGGCUUGGCGAGUUAGUAUUUUUAUGUGGAGAAAAGUUGGCCCAGCUGCGAGAGUGACACUGCCGUCAAAUAAGGGUGACCCGUCAAAUAAGGGUGACCCGGGAAAGCGGGUUACCCUGCUAUCAAAUAAGGGUGACCCGGGAAAGCAGGUUACCCUGCUAUCAAAUAAGGGUGACCCGGGAAAGCGGGUUACCUUGCUAUCAAAUAAGGGUGACCCGGGAAAGCAGGUUACCCUGCUAUCAAAUAAGGGUGACCCGGGAAAGCAGGUUUACCCUGCUACCAAAUAAGGGUGACCCGGGAAAGCGGUUACCCUGCUAUCAAAUAAGGGUGACCCGGGAAAGUAGGUUUACCCUGCUAUCAAAUAAGGGUGACCCGGGAAAGCGGGUUACCCUGCCAGCCGAGCUAACUUUUGUUUCUGAUGUUCACCUGUAUACGGUUCGCCAAGUUUUCUAACUACAGGAAAUGUAGGAAAAGUUGGCUCGACCAGUGUAGCUCGGAUAUUUGAGUGACUACCCCUCCCCUAAACCAACAUUAACGCUUACUUUUCACGUAGGGCAAAAUGUUGACUUAGGGGACGGAGGGGUAGGUGGGCAGUUGCCCAGAAACGUAAAAUUAACCUUAUGGGGCAUUAACCUGUUUAGUCGUAGACUACAAUACAGCGAGUUUAGAUCUCUAACUUUUAAAUCUGCUUAAAUUUGCUGAACAGGAAAUGAAUGUGAUCUUGAAUAAUAGUGCUGAAUCUUCUGAUGACGAUGCGGAUGGAAAGGCAGAUGUUGAAGAUGAACCGGACUUGCCAGUUGGUGUUGCCAUUAAAAGGCUUCGGAAAGUUUUCAAGGUACAUGCAUGUUGUUCUUACACUAAUUGCCCCAUGUUAGGGAAUCCGGAUUCUGGAAUCGCGGAAAUUUUUGCCCGUGGAAUAAGGGGUUCCUGGGCUUUGGAAUCCGAAAUACAGCUCAAGGAAUCCGGAAUCCCAAGUCCCACUGACAAAAAAUCUGGAAUCCACGACGUGGAAUGUCUUGGAUUCUCUUGCAUGGAGCGAUAUUUUCACCCUUCCCCCAUUUUUAAAGGAACAACGGUGAAGAUGUGUUUGUUGUGGCUCAAGACUUGUUAUGUACUAGACUGCUAGCAGUCUCUCUUUUUCUUCAAAAUUAGUGAGGGGAAUGUACCGCGCGCGAGUGUCGCAAUCACGCGCGUGGUCAUUUUACUAUCUCGCGCGUUUCGCUCGACAGACUAAGGGCGCCUUCCAUUUGUCAGAACUGACCGGCCAGCCCUUCCCCAUCGUAAUGAGAAUUUCACUUUUAAUCUCAACUAACCAUCCACAUCAGUCACAUCGUAAAUAUCAUGCACAAAGGAGAUGGUUUUUCAGCAAAACCUCUUCGAGAAAGCCUAUUUCAUUGCCAAAAUGUCUCGUCUGGCCAUGGUCCGGCCAGCCAGUUCUGACAUUUGGAAAGAGCCCCAAGAGAAAAUUAGGGACUGCUCGUAGGCUAGUUAUGUAUAUGUAUAAUAACGAACUUCUAGUCUACAUUUGUAACACACUUUAAGAGAAAAAUAAUUCGAUUGUUCUUUCACAUCUUCCGCUUUUAAACCUAACAUUUUACGACAUUUUUAUUGCAAAGGGAUCUUCAGGCUCGAAGGUGGCCGUAGAUGAUCUGUCGCUGAAUAUUUUCAAAGGUCAAAUAACAGCUCUUCUAGGACACAACGGCGCAGGAAAAACCACGACCAUAUCGAUGUUGACGGGACUGUUUCCGCCUACAGACGGCUCUGCUGACGUUAAUGGUUUGAGUAUCAUUUCAGACAUGGAUGCUAUUCGAGAAAGCCUUGGUUUGUGUCCCCAGCAUAAUGUACUGUUUGACAGGCUAACAGUCAAGGAGCAUCUGGAUUUCUUUAUCAGCUUAAAGGUAUGAGUUAAAGCAGCUUUCACUGAAGUUUUUUUUUCGGGCAUACGUUUUAAGCAAAGGGAAGCGAUAAAGAGUCUCGCCGAAUUCGCGAAGUUGGGGAAAAUUCAGCAGAUUUUGAGGCCUUAAAAAGUCAUUUGCGAACUUUCAUGAACCCCUCGAAACAGUGUCUCGUCACAAUUCAAACACCUCAAAGUUAGGGGUCAAAAAAGCUUGGUACAGUAAUGUUUCAUAGAACACUACUCCUAAUAAAAAUCUUUGGAUCGGCUUUGGGUUCAUCCCUUCAUCUCCUAUUUCCCCCUGCAAUGUUGUGCCCCAAAAAAGUGAGUUUUGAGUUUUGCUUAUAUCACGUUAAACAUACCGCCAUUGUGGGCCCCAUAUUUUCGGUGUUUGGUAAGUGAUAAAACACUUUUUCUCGUGUUUGCCGUAUUACUGAAGUUAUUUUGUUAGAGUUCAUCCCUUCUGAGUAACAAUUGGCUCAUUUGUAGGGCAAGUUUGGUGUAGAAGCUCUCAAUGAAGUGAACGAAAUGAUCGGUGACAUUCAGCUGGUGGAUAAGAGCAAUACUGUAUCAUCCAAACUGUCUGGAGGAAUGAAAAGAAAGUUAAGGUAUCAUAACAAACUCAUAAAAUGUUGCUUAUAGUAAUUCCAGCUGAACAAAACAGUUUUCACGUUUACAGCUAUUUCGAGAAAGGUUGUCGGAAAAAGUGCACGCGACAAUCCCGAAAGGUAUUGUGGGUGGUUUUGAAUUCACUGUUUUGCAAAGGAGUUUGAAAGAAUGACACGAGAGGCCAUGGACUUAUGUUUGCGAUUGCUAAAAGAAAGCAACAAAAGUAGGUUCGACAGCUACAGUGUCAGGAACAGUGUAUUGAUCAUAUCCCAUAUUACCUUUCGGGAUUGUCGCGUGCACAUUUCUCUUGCGACAACCUUUCUCGAAAUAGCUGUAUUUAGGAGGCAGAGUGGCAGACUGGCCAGCGCGUCAGACUCACAGGUUCGAGACCCGCUCUGGUCACUUGCGAGAUUUGUUCUCGGUUGUCCCGAGUUCAAAACCUAGGCUACGCGUACACGCAGUGCCUGUAAAGUACAAUGAAUGACAAAAGAGUUGAGACACUUUCAUAAAACGGCCCCUUUUUGCACAGUGGACUUAUCUAUCCUCUCCCACUGUGCCCCCCCCCAAAAAAAAAACAACAACAACAACAACUGUCCAACAAAGAAUCAAACUUGUCUUUUAGACCCGGCUUUCUUCAACUGCAAACAACAUUGAUUCAGGGGUGGGGGGAUUUACAACCUUUAAACAAGAUUGGAUUAUAUAUGAAUGAACUUGUUGCAGGAGCCCAUAAUCAGGAGCGAGCAACUUCCAUGUGCUCGUGUCACGGCGUUUUCACGGACCAGUUUGUUUUUAGAACGGGUUUUAUGCGAAUUUUGAAUAUCGUUUAAAUUCCACAAACCAGUCAGCAAAACCUACAGACCUAAAAAUGAUAUUUUUUGCCUUUUAAGAAUGUUUAGUUUUCCUUUUUAAUAUCUUAUACUUCAAAUGCGCUCAUAGACAUGGUGGAGAUUCUAUUUUCGCGGGAAAAAGUGCCCUAAAAUGUGUCUAAAAAUAUACUGGUUCCUAAAAAUUCCGUGACAUAGGCCUAGUAUGGGAGUCACUCGCUCCCAGUUAUGGGCUCCUGCUUGUUGCUAAAAGCGCUUGGUUUAGACAAGUAUGUUAGAGUGAUCAGCACUGAAUUUCUCCUUGUAAUAUCAAUGCUUUGUAAAACAGAGUGGUCAUGAAAAUUACAGACGUGAUGACACAAGAUGAAUUUGCUUGAUAUUUUGUCAAUUUCUCCCCAAUGCUUCUGUGGGAAAUGAACAGGGGGAACAAAUGAGAAUUCAAAUUUUGAUCCUAGGGUUUAAAGGGUUAAAACCUUGCCACUGCCUCAUAUGAAAGCUAAAUAUUUUCGUAUUCUUUUCUUACAUCCGUCAUGAUUUCCUUAUUUUCUUAGCAAUGUAUCCGCGAGUUCCCCAUAGAUUGCACUGAAGGUUUUUGGGAAACUGCCCAUCUACCCCUCCCAUAAGCGACCAUUUUGCUCUAAGUGAGAAGUAAGUAUUAAUGUUAGCUUAUGGGAGGAGUAGGUGCGCAAUUUCCCAGAAACCUACAUUGAUCCGAUGUUAAUAUUCACAGUUGCGCUAUUGCCCUUAUUGGAGGAUCUGAAAUUGUUUUCUUGGAUGAGCCCACCUCGGGAAUGGACCCCUACGCCAGGCGAGGCACCUGGGAUUUGCUACUGAAACACAAAGCAGGACGAACCAUCAUUUUGACCACUCACUUUAUGUAAGUGUUGCCCAGGGGCUUGAUACACAUCGGUGGACGUAAGAUGCGUUGUCAAAAAGCACAGUCAUCGAUACAAGAUUAGAAAAAAAUCUUAAGAAAAUUAUUUAGUUCAGAUCUUGAAAUUCCGGUCUUAAGGUGCUUAUUGCUAAUAUCAUAAAAAAAGAAGAAAAUUCCCCCGCUGUGAGUGAUUUUGGCUGUAAUUUAUAAAACGAGCAGGAGUUUAUUAUCCGGUUUAAAAAUUCGAGGCUUCGUCUCCUAUUGAUAAAACACGAUUCCGAUUUUUUUGAACGGCUUCAAAAGCUCUGAUAUAGAUGAACUAAUUCUUGCAUUAAUAUUUAGAUUUAAAGUUAUUUGCCUCCAAAAAAUUGGACGUAACGUUUAUCCGUGUCUUUGUUAGGUACACUUAUUAAACAGGAAUUUAUUUUGUGUUUUGUUUUUUCUUUAUGAAUUAUUAAUGAGUUUUUGAAGCUGGAAGCGAAGCAGUUUUUGAAUUCAUACAAAAAAAUCGGACAUGAAUAAACCACAGGACGGUCUCAUUUUUGAGAACUUAAGUAUGUUUUCUGAACAAUGCCGAUGGGCCAAAAGAUCAAUGACGAUAUAAUAUACCGAUUUUUUUUUUUGCAGGGAUGAAGCAGACUUGCUUGGAGAUCGAAUCGCUAUUAUGGCUGAUGGGCAGUUACGUUGUUGUGGAAGUUCUUUGUUUCUCAAAAGCCGGUUAGCUGCAUCGUUUUUAAUUACUUGUUAUGUAACAGCAAAAUAUUUCUUUGCAUCACACUAGAAACGAAGUUAGUUACAAGUAAGCACUUGAUUCAAGUGUACUUGGAAAUCUUAAGUCGCUCUGUAGAAAACAUGGCUUCACACUUGUUGACGAAGUCUAUCACUUGAAGUUAAAGCUGUCAAUCUCUCCGAUCAUGAGAAUGUUGGAACCGCUACACGUGCACAUCGUGCACAUGGCUUCCAUAUCUUAAGAUGAUGUUACAUGGAACGAUUCGCAACGACGAUUUUUAGCGCAACAAAGCUUUGCAACAUUGUUGCGACAUUGUUUCGAAUAGUUCCAACAUUGUUCCAACAUUGCAACGCUGUGCUGCGUUAAAACUCGUCGUUUCGAAUUGUCUCAUAUAACAUCACCUUUAUUGGUCAAGUGUGUUCUCAAGUGUGGUGCAGACCAUAGUUCGGCAUCUUUGAACUACGAACGUUUCCAUGGUCACCCUGCAAGUAAAGUUGAAGUAGCUACAUUUUACCCCUUCGCACUCAAAGUAGGCUCCAAGUUCACUUAUAUUAUACUUAAAGCUCUAGUGUGAAGGCAACAAUUACCAUCAGUAUUGUAUGUUUAUUUUAUUGAAUGCAUUUAUGCCAUAACUAGCUUUUAAUGGUGUUUUUUCGGUUGCUCUUUCUAGAUAUGGCGUGGGGUAUCACUUAACUUUGGUCAAAAGAGAAAGCUGCGAUGAAGAUGCCAUCUCAAACCUGGUGAAAAGCCACGUGCCAAAAGCAGAAAUUAUCAGUGCGGUCGGUACAGAAAUCCAGUUUGUUCUGAGUAGUGAAAGCUCACAGAAUUUUGAGGCGCUUUUCUCGGAGUUAGAAAGUGAGUAAUUUUUCACCUAGUCAGAGAUGUUAUAUUUUCCAUUUCAAAAUUUAAAACGCGCUCUUUUAGCUGUCUGUAUGUUUGAAAUACUUCCCUGCUUCCUCAAUGGCUACGUUCUCGUAAGGUUUUUCAAUUUCUCAAUGUUCAAGCCUUAGAAAACAGGCGACAUUUUGCAACGCCUUCACUGGUUUCUACGCGACAUGACGACCAAGAAAAGCGUGCAGAAAUUCCAUAAUGAUGACGCGUCACUCCGGAUAGUGCUUUUGAUUGGUCGUGCCGCGUGGGAAAUUUGCUUCAACCAAUCAGAAGCACUACCCAGAUCUAGGUAGCGACGCGUCGUCACUAUGGAAUUUCUACGCUCGUUUGUCAGACGUCAUUUCUCGGGGAAACCAGCCAUAUGCCGGCUGUUUUCUCAGACUGUGGAUGGUUCAAUCAUAUGUUAUUCUAAAGCUUCGGAUCAGUAUUCGGGUAUAUGUACGACUUAUAAUCGGUCGGUAUGACGCCCAGUGAUGUAUUCGCAUGAACUAAUAGGCAUACUUUGUCUCCAGGCAACCUAGAACAAUAUGGAGUAACAAGUUUCGGCGUCUCGGUGACAACAUUAGAGGAAGUGUUCAUGAAAGUCGGGGAAGGUGCUGAGAUAACACUACAUGACCAGUAAGUAUUCUAUAUCUUAGAAAAGCUUAGAAUUUGUAAAAAAUCGUAAAUCGUUUUCUCAUGUCUGUUGUAUUGCUGUAUCGAUGGCAAAGCAAUGGCGGCGGUAUUUGUGUUAUCCUGUAGGAGUUCCACUCCAUAUCUUAGCUAAAAACAAAAAUAAACUAAAACAGCUGCUGUUCACAUGAGUUAAAAUGCUCUAUACGUGUUGUUUUCGCACAACAGUAAAUCGUAAGUUACCCUUGAAGCCCUUGUCAACAUUUUCGUGGUAGUUCUUCACAGUAAUAUAACCAAUUUAUACAAAACCACUCUGUAGCUUUGCUCUGAUCACCCAAAAUACGAGUUCGCACAACGACACCUUAUAGUAUUCUAUGUCUCCUUUUUUAGAGUUGUCGAUCAAAAACAUCGUGCUGAACAAGUAUCUGGUGGAGCAAGCCAAAUUCCUAUACCUGAGGCUGAAGCAAGCUCAGUCGGAGGUAAGUUUGUAUAAUUUCCGUCUGUAGUAAUCGGAAGUUGAAGCUACACUUGCACUGGACAAGUUUUCCAACUCACUUGAAGUCUUUUUGCAAGAUUUCAGUCGAAACGCAUGACUAUGGCUGACGUUGAUUCUUCGAAUUUCAUUUUUGCGUUCUGAAAUUGUCGUACUCUUGCAAGGUUCUUGCUGUUUGUUGAUAACUCGAAUCAGUAGAAACCAACUAGCAUACUAUCAUGAAUUCUGCACUCUGAUUGGCCAACGUACUCCCCAUCCAGUUCUAUCUACAGGCCAUUUGCAUGAUGGCAUCAUUUUACUACUACGACCAGAAUCCUUUUCGUUUUUCUAUACAUGUUUGAAUUUGGUAAUCGCAGCGAGAUUUAAAUGACAAAAGCCGUAAUUUGCACAAGAAAGGGAAACCCUGAUGGAUUCUGGUCGUACUAGUAAAUGAUGUCAUCGUGCAAAUGGCCCAUUUCGUGAAAGAAAGUGAGAAGGGAGCCGACGCUUUGAACAAAAAUAAGACAAUGGCAACUUCUUUGGCAAAUUGUUUUUAGAAUUUUCUGACGAAAAAGUGGUUAAACUUAAAAAUGAUGCGCCUCCAUAAAAGACGGAAUUAACAUUUUAAAUGGAAAGAAAUACAAAUUUAGUUGUUUAUUUAUGACAAUCAAUCAAUCAAUCAGUCAGUGAUUUAUUUUAACACGUUACAUCGAGGAGCUAAAAAACUUGUUCAAAAUACGAACGUGUAUAAAUGAAUCUAUAAUAAUUACAGCUAUAAAAUAAUAUCAUUCUAUUUUAAAAACAACUCAAUAAAUAUAUAAAAACUUAGCAAUAAAGACAUAAAAUAUAAAAAGCUAAAACCUACUAAAAACUAUAUACAAAAACGUGAAAGGAAAACUACAAGACACGUUCUAAAAAGCUACAAUCUUGCAAUUUACUUUUGAAGUCAUUUGCAUACUUGAGAGGGCGAACUGUUCCAUAACUUAAUUGAUAAAUAAGUCAAAACUUUUCCUUUUAAAUUUAGCUGGAUUAAAAUUAGGUAAUUCCAAAUUCGAGCCCCCGCCUCAUAGCCCAUACGGUGCAUGCCAUUAUUUAAAAAGGUUUCUAAUAUAAGUGGGUCCCGUACCACUUAAGCAUUUGAAAAAAAGUAUUAACGCCUGAUGUAAGCCCCUACAAUAUAAGGAUUUCAUGCUAGCCGUGGUGAGCAGCUCAUCAUAUGAAACUGACUUCUUGGUCCGAUUAAUGGUCUCAAAAUAUAACAGUUGCCAUCUUCCAGACGAUUGCGUUGUCCUUUGCCUAUGCCUACAAACAAACGACCCUUUCGGGAAUGCAGUUCAAAGGCUUGUUUUCAUGUAUUUUCAUCAAACCUUGGUAUAUACUAAACUGAAUCCGUUAGAAUACUCCUCGUGUCAAAGGGCGCAACUCAGCGCUACGAGCCUCGCUGACUAUUAAGUCAUAGAAAUUCGAACGCGUAGGUCCUUGCGGCUAGUCAUUCACGUGCUACAAAACCCGCCAUGCUGGAGAGCAAGACACGCACUGGGAGAAAACAAAGUGAAAAAAAAAGGAAACCGUUUUACAGCAAGGAGCCCAAAAGUGUGACCUCCUUUAUUCACUCACAUUCUUUCAUGCAGACAUUAACCAAUCAGAAGUCGAGGACAGUUUCCAGGUGGCUUCUGAUUGGAUUAAAUCUGUACGAAAGAAUGUGAAUAAAUCAAAAGCUGUUACACUUUUGGGCUUCUUACUGUUAAUGAUGUGGGCUGUUUGAGUUUUCUGUCCCAGUGGGUCCUGCGGUUUUGUACCACGUGAAUAACUAGCUGUACUGAAAGGGCCUAUUGUUAAUUAAUCAGGAAACAACGACUAAAGGACACUUUUCAAUCGAGAAUUGAACUUGAUAUGUGUAAUUUUCUUGACAGAAUUCAACACAGGAUUAAGCCUGAAAUGGCAGCAAUACAAAGCAAUGCUGUUAAAACGUUUUCUGAAUGCUAGGCGAGAGAAGAAACUGGUUUUAACCCAGCUGAUACUACCUUUGUUGAUGGUUUGCUUGGCAUUACUGCUUAUAAAGACUCUUCAGGAACCAAUGCAGAAUGAGCCUCCACGCAUACUGAACUUAUCCAAUUUGAGCAUUAAAGGGGCUCCCAACACUGGCUUCUACGCUGACUUCCGUCCUAACGUUGAUCCUGACAAAAAGAACGCACUUUUUGACGUGAGUUGGAGGUUCCCGCGUUCUUUGAUAGAGACCUUUAGAUUCAAGGAUGAUGACGACUAGGAGUACGAGAUUUGGCUUAGAGUUUUUCGCACAUUCUCAAAAUAUAGACUUCCCGGAAAGCUUCAUUUUACCAUUUUUGACUAGAAAAGUUAGCACUGUUACCUUUAGUGAAGGAGGUUAUACCCUCUCUCGAUCGUAAAAUUAUAAAACUUCUAACAUUUGAUAACUUUUUUCCGCCACUUCGACAUUCUCGCUAAAACUCGUGGUAGAGUGAAGACGGCUACCACGUUUUCCCGCCAAAAUGAGGCUGGUUUACGCGCGUGCACUCACUACUAAGUAUUGAGGAAAUCUCGUACUCGUUGUCGUACUUGUCUUGGAAUCUAUUAAAGGCUCUCUAUAUUUUAGUUUUAAGCUGUGUUCAUACUUUACCGGAAGGCUUUGGCGCCCACACGAAAACCAUACCGGAGAGGGCUUCUGUUCCCGCUUACGAACAGUGAUUUCGGCGCGAUUUCUGUAAUAGUAGGGACUUUUAGAUCCAACGACGCGACAGCAACGAGAACGUCGCUUAAAAAGUGAAUUUGAGUUCUUACAGUCUUUAUAGCGAUUAUUCCUACUCACUUACUUUGUCAAAUGUAGGCGAACCCUCCUGAAGGUGAAUUUCAAAUGACCAUAUUCAAGCUCAGAAAGAGAAAUAAAAUUUCAUCGUUGCUUGUUUACGUCCUCCAUAAAAGGUGAAUUUAGGCAUUUUCACGUCGUAAUCGUGCAAAAACGGGAAAGAAAGGUACAAAGAAGUGUGAUGCACGUGCAAAGGUGUUGUUUUGCUUAUUAAACGUAUUGUUUUUGUGACGUUCUCAUCGCCGUCCGCGUCGUUGGAUCUUAAAGUCCCUAGUGCGAAGCUGCAUAGAUGUCUAGCGGUCCGUUGUAUUAUAGAGUCUAACAUAAGUUUGAUAGGUUAUCCUACUUUUUUGACGUGAGUUGGAGAUUUCCUCGUUCCUUAACGUCUUUUUCGGGUACUAAAUGAACCAAAGCAAUAUUGACUGGAGAUCUGUAGGCGCCAAUAUCUUAUCGUAAUUGUGAAAUGAAACAAUCAGGAGAUAUUUGAAUCAAAAUUUUAAUGAAUAAUUAACAAUUAUUCUUUGAAAUCGAGGUGAAUAGUGGCAAAAUAUUUACCGAGACGCGAAAGCGGCGAGGUAAAUAUUCCCAAAGCCACUAUUCACCGAGAUUGAAAAGAAUAAUUGUUUUAGUAUAUACACACGAAGUGAUCUCAACAAAAUCAGAGAGGAAACCAUUCAAAAGUACGAUUUGAUUGACACAUCAAAUCACGCGUAAGUUUAAAAAUAGAUCUUUGCAGAAAUUUCAAACAUGGCAAUUCACAAGUUUAUCAUUUCGCAAACAACAGCGUAAUGGCUUAAAUGGAACCGCUAAAAGUUUGAACUGUUUCCUUACCUGAGAAGAAAAGUAGAGCUGUGUUGUUUUCUGUUGACUCGCCAAGACGAAGUUUAUAGCCAAAAGGGUUUGUUGUGUCGUUCUUCGCAUGAAGUGCUGACAAAAAUGGCGGCUCAGUUGCUCGAGGUAAGACGUCGUCUUUCUGUAUCAUUCUUUUUCCCGUUUACUUGAAACGUAGAAUUUCUGCAAACAUUUCCUUUUAAAUUUGUUUGUCAUAAAUAAACUUCGAUUUUGAGCCAAAAUUUUCUUCUUAGAAAACGCUGAGUUCACGCAACGGCUUCUUCUACGCGAAUACACGGGAGUUGUAAACAAUCCAUCAAGCACAAAGCUCCUGCUACAGUAAAUUGAAAAACGCCGUAUUGAAUCCUUCCAAGUCUUUUUUUGCCUUAAAAAAAGUCAGCCCUAGGAUUCUGUCGACUUUUAAAAGAUCGUUCUCUAAAAAAUGGGAAAAACACUGAGCUCACACAUUAUCCACUCGCUAGGAGGUGAAUAUUGUUGAAUAGUCCGAGAUAGCGAACCAAUCAGAUUGCUUAAAUCACCAAGGUCACUGAGUGUGUAUAUACUAAUACUUAUUAUCAUUCGUUGUACAAAUAAUGGUCUGCUCAUGCACACUGUAAUCCAGAUCAAUUAUUUGCCAAAGGCGAAGGCAAGUAAUUGAUCUGCUCGCCCUGAUAAAUCACAAUAUUUUACUCAACCUGGUCCAAUAAUUUUUAAUUAGUCUGCAUGGGGGAAUAACUGUAUCAAAAGUUAAAUCUACGGUUAAAUAAUUCAUCAACCCUGUUGUCUUGUCACGUGUUGAGCUGAGGCGUAGCUUGAGAUUUUGAAUUUAGGGUCCCGGAAAUAUCGUUUCCUGCGUUUUCCGCAGGACAUUUUCAGUAAAUAAAUACAAAGGAAAAUGAAACAGUUAGUUGUUUAUUUUACCUAUCUCUAGCAUUAUGGAAUAAUACUGAAAAUGAUAAAGGAUAUACUAACAGAAAGACACAAUAUAAUGCGAGAAAUUAAACAGUCUUCCCAUUGUAAUGAUAAAAAUGUUUUCAGGAAAAAAAUUAAAAAUACAUUUUUUUUCCAGAUUACAGCUUUACGCACGGGUGUGUGUGCUUAUAUGGGCGUUACGCUUCUGUUGAGGUUUACAAAGGCGCGCAUGUGACUUAAAUAAUACCUUUUCAUUUGUCAUAAAGAUCUGUUGUAUAAUAAAGGUUAACAUAACUCUGUUAAAAUUGUUAUUUUCAGGUGGCUUCUAAACACUUAAAGGACGUAAAAGUAACCUUGAAAGACAUUGAAUCGGAUCUUCAUAAAAUACAGAGCGGCAACCAAGGAAACAGUAUAUUGGUGGAGGGGAAAAAGUUUCAGUAUAAGGACGAUGAAAAAGACGUAUGCUGUAAUUAUGAAUUUCUGGUCCUGAAUGCCAAGUGCAAGAAAGCUGUAAGUUGCUGCCAAUCCUCAGUUUGCAACUACUUGAUGACAAGGUCAACGUGUUGCGACUGGUUAGCAAAACUAUAAAGACCUUUAGUUUCGAGGUCGAGGUCGUUCAAAAAAAAAUCAGACAUCCCGGAAAGCGUCAUCAUACUUUUUUCACCAGAGAAGCACGGUUAUUAUUAUUAAAUGAGGUUAACCCUUACUUGAUCGCAAAAUGAUUAAACUUCUAACAUUUUAUAACAAGUUUUCGCCACUACGAUAUUCUCGCUAAAACCCGUAGUAGAAUGACGCUGGCUAUCACAUUUUCCCGCCAAAAUAAAGCUGGCUCACGUGUGCGCACUACUUAGUAUUGAGCAAAUCUUGUUCUCGUAGUGAGUCGUCCCUGAAGGUCUCUGAUACGUUUUUUUGUAGAGUUUGUAUGACAAAAAGUCUAGCUCCAAGCAAAAGGAAACUCUUUAAUUUGUUUUUGUCAGUACAUGACCUUCACACGUCUGCUGGAAUCCAAAAAUUCCUAAAUAUAAAACUGCAAUUGCACUUUUCAUUUGAAUUUUCAAUAGAAGAUUCUAGGUUUCUUUGAUUCCAGUUUCCUUAGGUGUGAAUUUUCUUAGGUCAUUUGAAUUUUUAAUCUUAGCCUUUGUCAUUAUGACAAAUAAUAAUAAUAAUAAUAAUAAUAAUAAUAAUAAUAAUAAUAAUAAGAACAAAAACAAUCCUAUAUAUUAUAAGUGAAGAAAGAGAAAACUAUUCAUUUACAAAUUCUAAAAAAUAGAAGUAACUUAACCUUACAUAAAAGAAGAGGAAAUAGAUAUAAUCAAUAAUAAAAGUUCAAAAUUCUAUAAAAUUAAGAAUUCCAUUAUGCAGAGAUAUCAAGAUCAUACAAUCGAAUUAUACUAAUGACAGCUAAACAAGUGUCCAUAAAAAGCCCUAAGUAUAAAAGCAUAUAGACACGUAUUUCAGAUAUCCGCACUAGCGACGUUUAUUUUACAGUCUAAUGAUUGCUCUAUCUUGCUACGAAACGGCGUUCGCGAACCUCUGACGCUUAUAAUAAUAAUAAUAAUAAUAAUAAUAAUAAUAAUAAUAAUAAUAAUAAUAAUUCUCAAAGCAUAGGAUGUAGAACCACCGUAAUUUUGUGGCACUCUGCAUUAAAAAGGAUUAAACUUUCUCUUUUUUUCUUUGAAGUUCACAUCAAGCGAAUUGACAGCUGAAUCUUGCAAAACGAACAAGAAUUUUGGUUACAAUUACUGUCCUAAAUGUAUCAACGACGACGAAAGGUAAUAAAUGAUAAGUAAGAAUAUCGGAUCGUAGCAAUGUUUAUCACUCUCUUCGAAACACGCCUUUGCAUUGUUGAUAGAAAUACGUUUCGCAUUUACUGGUAUUUAAAUAAGCUUCAAACGUCAUAGUAAGUCGAAUUCAAGGAAAGAAAAGCUACAGGGGGGGCUUUUAUGCGGAGGGGAGGUAUAAUUGGAUGGGAUCAUAAUCGGAUGUAUUUUUUGCUUACAUGUAGAUGGGCUUAUUACUAGGGGAGGGGGGAUAAGUGGUGUCGCUCAUAAGCGGUAGUUUACGGUAUUCUUUUGUUAAUAGGGAGCUUAUGGUGAUGUUACGUUUUCAAAAAUACCCGGAUACGUGUAGACGGGGCCUAAACUUAUUGCGUUUUUGCCUUUCUCGUUGCCGUUGCUGUCGCCGUCGCCGUCGUGAUUGCUUAAGCUUUUAAGCCCCCAGAUCCACAUACAAAUUCCCGAGACUGAUCUUCAUACAUUUCUCAUUUCUUUCUGGGUAGUUCAGAGAAUUUGAUUUAAAAUCAAAGCGUUCUCUCUUUGGUAGUCAAUUUAGUUAUUCUUAUAACCUCUACUCUUGAUGAUCUGCUGAUGUUGUUAGAAGAAAAUUGUUGUUGGUCACUCUUGGGCCCUGAAGAGAUAACACCCUUUUUUUCGUUUUCCUUUCAGCUCGUACUAUGAAUGCAGAAACAUAGGAAUUGGUAACACGAAAGUGAACGAUUCAAUGACAUUCUAUAAUGAAUAUGUGCUGGAAAAAAGUAAUGCUGCUGAUUAUUUUAACACACAUGUUGUGGGUUUUAGCUUUGAGUCACGUGAUGGUAACUCGGCUAGUGACCUUGAAAGUAUUGACACGACAGUGUGGUAUAGCAGUAAGGUGGGUACGAUAGACAGGACACCUUAUGAAGUUUACACACUUUAGUAUUCCUUAUCGCUCCCAUGACGUCACGUUCGCCAUAUUGGUGUCACAAGGCAGUGAAACGGCGGCCAUUUUGUUGUUUCAAAGCACGGUCCUGCGGGAGUUGGACCUUUUUGUUAUGUUUAAACCUUUUUUGGUUCCAAGAAAUUUGUUAGCUGUUGAUCAGUUUAGAAGCAAUAAAGAAUACUACAUUGUUUGGGCUGGUGCACCAGAAAGUGAAUAGCAAGUUUCGAGUUACGUCACAAAGAACACAAUAAUGAUCCCUAGCCCUUACACAAUAACACAGUAAACUUCACACAAUAGACCUUUUUACCGAUACGGCGGCCAUAUUGAAUUAAUUCGAUUUAAGGAGUAUUAUAGGAUGCCCAGGGGGCAUGAGCACAUUUCGUUUGUAUUUUCGAACGCUUUUCGGGACAUUUUUUCUUAAAGUUUUCUUAGAAUAAGAUUCUAAUGGGACAAAAGAUCCUUGUGCCGUGUUUGGAUGAAAUAAUGAUCGCCUUUUUCCAGAGAAAUAUACAGUGAAAGUCCAUAUUUCUAAUACUAAACUAGACUAAUACUUAACUCAUUUUUCUAUGUUUGCUCACUGGAGCGGAAUGCGGGAAAGGUCUUUUGGCGUAUUAGUAUGUGGAUUUGCUAAUGUAUUUUUACUAAUUUAUUUAUUUAUUUAUUUAUUUAUGUGUUUAACUUUGCACGUAUUGUUUUGGUCAGGGCUAUCAUACAAAACCAGAUGCACUGAGUGCUUUGGUGAACGUUCUGUUGGCCUACAGCAAGAAAGAUGACUCAUAUCACAUUGAGACCAUUAACUAUCCUCUGCCACUCAAUUCCGAACAGCGGGUAAUUUCCUUAGCAUAAUUGCCUUCUUGAUAAUGAUAGAUAAUAAAUAUUUCUUUUAUUCCCACUUUCUAUGUUAUAAAGUUAAAUAGUAACAUUAUAAAGAAUUUCGGACAAAUGUGUUAUGUACAAGAAGCCUUGUAUUGCAAAAGUAGAAAAAGGGUUUCAUUUUAUCCUGUUCAUUUAUCGUAAAAAAAACUGAUUAAGAAUGGAAUUAAAAUUGCCAUCAGUUUUUUGUCCUUCCUCUGAAUAAUAACAUGUCUUAAGCACUCGAGAGUGUCUUGUUGUCUUGUUAGAAAAGAUGUUUCUUUUGUCAGCAGGAAUCUUGGGUCACCAGAAAGUCAUUUGUACUAUUCCCUCCAGUUAAGCCUCAUCCACACGUAGCUUAUUCGAAUCGUUUCCGCCCGUCCACACAUAAAGGCGAAAACGAUGGAAAUACGAUUGCAUGCCUUACGGUGCAUGCGUUGUAAGCCGGCGUUUUAAAAAAAAAACGCCACUCUGAUGAUCGUUUUCGAAAACCUGCGUUUUUUGAUGCCCGAAAACGCCGUUUACGUGGGGACGGAAGGCUAAAACGGAGGAAAAAAUCUUUGUUUUCAAAAAUAUUAGGAUACGUGCUUUCUUAAGCAAAUUCCUUCGUGGAUUCUUGCGAUGACCUGCUAUACUAAUCAUGUUAUGAAAUAAUAAUUAGGAUUGUUUGUUACUUCUUGUAACUCAUUCAAAACCUUCGUGUGUUUUGUUCUCUUCAGACUCAAAAUUUCUCAGCUGUCAUGAGCUCGUUUUUCCUUGCUCUACUGUUAGCUUUCGCUGUGGCGUUUCUUGCAGCAAGUUUCGUGCCAUUUUUGGUGAAGGAGAAAAGUUCAAAGGUUUGGUUGACUUUUGUACAUUGAAUGUUUUGGUUCAUUUGUGCGCAUGUAGAAUGCAGGUAGCCUCUUAUUGUCCGUUUUUAUACUAGAGAACGCAUUAUUCGUCUUGACCAACUUGGGCAAACAUUUGUAGUUCAUCUGGUUAUGCGUCUUAAGUAUAAAGACAGGCACAAGACGCAUUAUGCGUCUGGACGAACUUUCCUUCGAAAUACGUCUUGAACGACGCACCACGAAACGUAGUUCGUCUGGACGCAUAAUGCGUCUUAUGCCCGUCUUUAUACUGUAGACGCAUAACCAGACGAACAACAAAAUUUUCGCCCAAGUUCUUCCAGACGGAUAAUGUGUCCUUAGUAUAAAAAAGGCCAUUCUCUUGAACGUCGAUGGGUUAGCGUGCGCGAGCUGCGAGCGGCGAAGCCAAAGGCGCUAGAAAUUAGGGUGGUUUGGCUAAAAGCUAAAUUCUAAAAGCUAAACUCGACAAUUCGAAGAGAAAAGGAGGAGCGGAUGCGGUUAUCAUGGUCGACUUCUUUUUAAUAAUUACCUUUCUCUAGAAUUCGCCGUAUCAGCGAAGUGUUCACUUGACUUACAAUCACUGCGGUUCCCUUUCUUGUGUUCGUGCAGGCAAAGCAUCUCCAAUUUGUAAGCGGCGUGGACGCCGUCUCCUUUUGGCUGGCCACCUAUUCAUGGGACUUCAUCAACUAUUUAUUUCCACUGCUUGGAAUUAUGAUCAUGUUUGCAGCUUUUCAAGUAGAUUCACUGAAGAAUGAUCUUGGUGCGGUUUUUCUGUUAUUGGUAAUGACAACACCAGUUAGUUUGGUCCAGGCGUCCAGAUAGUGGCGGAUGGCGCAAAGCGACUAAAGUGGGCAGAAAAAAGGAGAGAGGGCGAUAGAAUGUCGUUCUCUCUUUUUGUCCACUCCCUCUCUACCGUUUACUAUUUCGGGUUAUUCCCCUUUAUCUCGACGCCAAGAACAGGCUGCUAUAAUUAAAUAUUGAAUUUUCAGGUUUGACAGACACCCAACCGUACAUACAUAUUUGUAUAGGUGAUAGCAUGAUUUGUAGUGAUAUUUGGCAUAAAUACCACAAGUGAUAUUUCAAAAUUGUUAUACAAAAUUUCACGAGCCGUUAGGCGAGUGAAAUUUGAGACAAUUUUGAAAUAUCACAAGUGGUAUUUAUGCUAAAUAUCACGUACAAAUCAUGCUGUUAUUUGUUUAUACUACUACCCACAAAAAGUUUGUAAUUUUCACAUGUAGGUAUUUCAAAUUAAGCUGAAAUACCACUGCUCUAAGCCAAUCAAAUUGCAGAAAUUUCUAAUGUAGUAGUAUAAAGCGGUUAAUUUUCUGCGCGAUUGCACGUGAUUACAGCCAUUAAUGAGAGGUUGUGUUAGGUUUUUAAGGAUUUUUUUAAAUAUAAAAUUGAUCAAUAGGGAGCUUAAGCAGCAACGUUUCUGAGCGACGCACGUCAACCGGAAGUGGCCUUUUCUCAUUUUUUGACGGUGGUUUCGCGCAAAUUUUCAGUCAAAUCGCCUCUAUAACAGUAAAGAAGCUAAGGAAUACAAAUUUUAUAUCAUCAAGGCAUGUUAAGAGGGAAAAUACCUCACUUCCGGUUGACGUGCGUCGCUCAAAAACGUCGCUGCUUAAGCUCCCUAAUAGGUCUACUUUCUCUUGAAUAUUUCCUCGAGCGUCCCCGUUUGAAUUGCGUGGUGUCAUUGAAAGAAAGUCGAUUUCCGCCAUCAGGCGGUACUAAAUGACGUUCUCAUAGUUCAAAAUGGCGACCCACGGAAGUUUUGGCCAUGUCCACACGAAUCCGCACAUUUUUGAAACCGCAUAUUUUUUUUAUCCGGAUUCGUGUGGACGGGGCCUUAUUCGUGUUUCUAGUACAUUCAAUUUUGUAUCCAUUAGAAAAACAGUUACACGUUAAAAGUUAUUUCUAUCAAGUUAGCUCUUCUUCUUGACAAAGGAUUUGCCCUAAAUUAAUGUAAUGCACUGCUUAGUACACAAAACUGAGUUUCUGUUUUCCUUUAUUUUUUAGCUUCUUUUAGGGUUGUGUAUGCUGCCAUUCGUCUAUUUGGUUUCAUUCCUGUUCAAGGGGCCGCUUGCAGCCUAUGCGACGACCGUUUUUGUCCUAUCUGUUGUCAGUAUGGUAAGACCAGUCACCUAUAUAGGUAAUAUAGUUGAAUUUACUCAACUAAACAGGGACUAUCAUUGGUUGAUUGUUGGUCAAGUGACCUUGACAAAAUUCGAAUGCAUCCCGACCGUGAUACAAUUCAGUAAUUGACCACUCCAGAAAAUACCAUAACAUACCAUAAUACUCUUUGUUUUUAACCCCCAAAUUUUGCAUAAGCAUUGUUUUCAGUUUCUCUUGGGGCCUUUUCAACUCCCAAGAGAAACUGAAGACAAUGCUUAUGCAAAAUUUUAGGGUGACAAGCAAAGAGUAUUAUGGUCUGUCUGUUAUGGUAUUUUCUGGAGUGGUCAAUUGUACCCCGCACGUGAUAGAACAGCAUGUGAUCAAAGCAUGCUGGACAGUUGUAUUACCACCAUGGCGAGAGAAACGCGGCCAGUUUUCACGUUCGAGAAUGAACGCAACAACAUCAUGAAGCCUGAAGCUUAAAAGCACUUAGUAUUUUUGAAGUCAUCCAAGUUGAGAUGCAGAGUAUUUUUGUGGAAAAAAUCAGCAGGGACAUACUCACCCUUGCAUGCAGGAGAUUAAAUGUCUUCUUUGCUGGAAAGCACUUCUUCUUAGUGGUUGUAACUCGGCCUUCCAUACAACCAGCGCCCUCCCCCCCCUCACCCCGUCAAUUAAUAAUAUGAAGUAAUUUUGGUUUUGUGGGGGCAUAACAAUGAUUUUUCCUUUUUUCAUUUUAGGCAUUUCUGAUAACAAACAAUAUCCUAACUUUUAACGGCAAGAAAGACGAUGCUGAUAUUGUUCACUAUAUCGGUCUGUUCUUUCCAACCUACUCGUAAGUUUGCCUUUUUUUUGACAUAUUUACCUUUAUUUGUUGGUCUUGAGUCAUAUUCUUCUCUCCUGUAAGACUAAACGGAAGAGUCAUAUCGAAGAGAAAAUUUGAAAAUCCUGCGGGAAAUUUGAACGUUUCAAAAACAUAAAAAAAUCUAAAAAUGUCUGGUUGAGUUUAAAUCGCAUGGGUUCUCGUUUUAACACAGGUAACCCAAGCUCGAAAUAUGACCAUCAGCACUGUUGCGUAACAUUCAAAAUACAAGGAUUUGUAUGGGAGAAAAAAUAAUUGUUUGUGUAGCCUACGGAUGUGAAAGGAUUUAAAUAAAAAUCGGCUAACCUUCUUCUUUCCUGUUUGGUUUCCAAGCCGAUAUAUGGCCAUUUAAUGAGUUUUGUGGGAACCAGUUUGCUCUCUCGAAUGGAAAGGAUUAUAGAGACUUUUAGAAAGAGCAAUUAACCGGUUCCAAUAAAACCCAUUUUUUAAUGGCCAUUUAAAAUAUUUUGAGCUGGGGCCACUUGUAGUUCAGUUUAAUAAAAACCUAAAAUCUUUAGGUCAGGACACUAUAAAUUAAGUAAUUAUGAACAUUCUUUGUUUUCGUUUAAUAACAGCCUUUCUGCCAGUAUCAUGGACAUCAGUCAAAACAAUAUGAAUCGAAAACACUGCGAGUAAGUAAACAAUCCCCUGUUCAUUUUUUUAGUGCCUUUUAUAUGAAAUUUGUCUUGGAAAUACGUUCACAUGCACUUAAAUAAACCCACUUCUCGAGUUUCAUUUCUAGGAAUUAGCUCCUUUGCAGACCUUGGUCGCACACGCUUGGAUUUCACGUAGCAAAGGUUCGAUCCGGGAGUACUCCUGGGAAUUCUUGGUGGGGGUGUGCCGCCCGGUUCUCCAAAUCCUGACCCUCAAAAAAUGCCGGUUUUUUUCACGCCCGUUUUCAGACCUGGCCUCUUAAGUUCAUACCCAUUCUCAGAUCUGGCUUUUAAGAAAUUAUGUCAUCAUUAGUUAGAUUAGAACAGCAACAAAAAAUAUUUCUUAAAAUUCAUUUCGAAUUCGCAGAUUUCUCUUUCUUUCUUAUUCGUUUGGAAUGAAACAAUAAAUACGUUCGUGCAUUCCCCUAGUUCCCUUGCAAACCAUAUCCGAUUCCAGACCAAAAUGAACAAAGUCAACUCAAAAACCCGUUUUGAGACCAAAACGGCGCAACACCGUGCCCUUUGGGGCGGCACAUACCCAUAUGACUUAUAUAGGGGAGUACCCCCCCUUCCCUCGCUGGAGGGGGUUUGCUGUAUGGCAAGCCAUCACAAAGCUUUGAAUGUUAUCAGUCGAAGCCUUCCUAGGUUAAUUUAAACGUCCUUUAGGCCUUCUUGCCCAGUCAUUUCGUUUAAUUUUCAACAUAAUUAAAAAUAAAAAUUUAAAAAAAACUGUAAAUUGUAAUUUGUUUACCCACUAAGCACUAAGGAGUUCUUAAAAACUCGUUUAAGCGUGUCCGCGCGUUCCAGACCGAAUUGGAAUUUGGAAGUAUUGGUUUUUGAGGAGAGCUGAAAACCAGAGUACCCGGAGAAAAACCUCUCGGAACAAAGGAAAGAACCAACAACAAACUCAACCCACAUAUGGCUUCGAUGCUGGGCUUUAAAGUUGGGCCACACUGGUGGGAGGCGAGUGCUCUCACCACUGCGUCACCAUUGCUCUCCUAACUAGCCAGGAAUGGUUCACUGACUCGAUUUCAAUCAAAGCUUUGUGAUUGGAAUGAACGCUUGGAUGGCGUGCCAUCCAGAGAGCCGUUGCUAAGUGGUAUCCAAGCACGUAACCAAUUUCUGCAAAGGAAUUAUUGUUACUCUUACCUUAAACCUGUCAUUGACUCUGCAGACCUGGCAUUCCUUGCACGUGGACAAAAAAUGUUCUUGAUUGGGACCGUCCGGGGGUGGGUCAGGCUACAUUGUACAUGUUCGUGGAGGCGAUUGUUUUGUUCCUUUUCAUUCUUCUUAUUGAGGUAAACAUUUCGCUAGACUGUUCGUCAUGCCCUAUUUUUUCGUGCGAUUGUUAAGUGCGAACACGUCUUUCAAAAGGCUGCCACUUGAUUUUGCACGGUGAAAUGCUUAUUUCCAGAAAUAUCCAUAUCUCGCGAAGGCACUUUUGUUUAGACGACCCAACCCAAUGUACUUGUCAUUGCCCAUCGCCCCUGGAAUUUCCAUGAUUUUCCCACUUGGUUGGAUAUCCCCUGGAAAGAAUAUUUCUGUCAAAAAUGCUAAUGCACUAUACUUCAAUCUAUGCCAUCUCCUUCCCCUCGGAUAUCGCCGCCUUUUGGACCCCCUUCCCCCCUUCCUCAGAAUAUCCUUUGUCCUUGGUUAGCGUGUAUGUAUAUUUUCUGGAACUACACAAUCUUGGCGAUUGCAAGUAAACCGCGUGCUUCCCCAAUAUUAUGAAGGUUUCGCUUUGGUUAUCAUUUUUAGUAAAAGAUGGUGGCUGUAGGAUUGUGAACAGACUGUUUUUUUGCGUGAUUUUUUCAUCAGCGGUCACGAUGUUUUGAGUUUUUUUUAGUAGUUCUGUAGCCUUUUUAUUAUAGCGUUGAUAUAUUGCGCCGUUUCGCCAACUUAAGUAGUUUGGUUUACUUUUUGCUGUCAGAGAGCGUCUGACAAAUUGUUUUGUUUUUUGUUUUUAUCCACAUACCUUGUCUAAACUUUUUUUGUUUUUUGAGACACUUGAUUUGGCUUUAAUUCUUGGGUUUGUUGUCCUAUUAAUUUCAUUUAAAUUAACUUUAUUUUUUCUCAUGGUUUCUUUCACAGAUGAACUUUUUUAUCAGUGCAAAGGUUAACAUCUCUUCAGAGCCCCAAAUGAGGAGGAAGGAAGGAGAGGUGUAAUAUUACCUGACUUUAUUUUCAGUGUUUGUAAAUGUUUCUAUACCGUGAUCAAUGCUGAAAAAAAAGCUUUGAAUUGAAGUAUGUAAACUGGUGUUUUUAGGCACUUGACUUUUUUUAUUGUCUGCUUCCAAAACCAUAGCUAUUUUGACGAUGUGUGUUAUUUCACCAUGGAUAUGAUCAACUUAAAGUCAUUUAAUCACGGGCUAAUUGUUGCAAAAUGUCUUUGUAUUGAUGCUUGUAGUUAACUCUCGCUUUAUUAUUUAAGUUAUUUAAAUACAACGUCUUUGCCAAAUGCUGCUCAAAGUUUUCUAUUUAUUGCUUUCGACGGAGGAAAACACUUAAUCCAUAAGUAAUUUGAAAGUUUUCCCUUGAACGCUAGCUACAUACAGUAAAGGACUCAAAUUUAGCACCACAGAGGGUAUAACGUCAUUUCCACGUCCAUGCAGCUCAUGAUCCUGACGUACUUCCUUGUCCUUAUCUACUACUCUUGUAUUUGUUUUAAUUAUUUUUGUUUAUUUAAAACAGGACGAAGACGUUUUUAACGAGCGUGUUCGCAUAUUGUCUGACCAAGAAGGUAAUGCGGUUGAAGCUGAGGCUGUCGUACUCAAAGAUUUAACAAAGGUUUGUCAUACAGUCAAUUCAAUGUAUGGUAAAAAUAGCCCACGGGUACUUCUCUACGCAUUAAUUUGUAUCAAGCGUUUCGAUGCAUAUGCCUGUUACUGACAACCCAAAUCCUGGUCGGUAGAACACCCUAUAAGCCUCCAUUACCCGCAACCCGGCCACACAGCCCGCCCGCCACACCCAGCCCAAACCCUAGCAUGUCCCACUAAGACUGCAGGCUCAGUGGAUGUUUGGAGGGAAGCAACUGAGUAAACGAAACCUGAAGCUACGGGGGAUGGGGGGUGAAGGAGUAGAAAAGCAUUAAAAAGUCCAAUCACAGCGAAUCGCCUCGAGCACUAAGGAGUGUUAUAUAUAAACUACGAGCCCGAGUGGAAAUGCACGCAUUAACCGCGCGAGAAUGCCGCUGCUCUUUCAACUGCCGAAGGCCCAGUGGCGCAACAGUGGAAAGUGCCAUAAUGCUAACCUAAAAGGGCAGCCAGGGUACCAAAACACACGAACACUACGCUGCGCUGCAAUACCAAGCGCGUUUGCUCUAAGUAGUUAACUAAGCUUAAUUACAUUGAACCCUAUAAUUCACAUUUGACUUCUUUUUGCGGCUGUUCACAGGUAUAUCGAGGUACACACGUAGCUGCAGUUGAUCAUCUUUGUCUUGGUAUUCCACGUGGAGAGUGUUUUGGUCUCCUUGGUAUAAACGGUAGGUGAACCGUUGCAGAACUAGAUAGUAUCCCUUCCUGUCCCCUUCCUCACCCAACUAAAUCCACGGACGUACAAGUCUGUUGAUCAAAUGGUUGGACGAGAUGAUUUAUUUUAAAUGCAUACAUUAUAAGCUGUGGUUUAACGAACAAGAUUUUAUUAAGUACCAGGAGGGUUGCUUUAUCAUUGUAAAGUCCAUACAGAUUUAUCGUAUUUGUGAAGUGAAGCAAUCAGUCGAGAUCUGCAUCAAAAGUUAGUGAAUACAUGUACUCAUAUACAGAGGGUAAUUUUACUAUUCAAUAAUUCAUCAACCUUGUUGAUUUGGAAUGUUGCUUAUGGAGUUAUACAUGAGACUGACGUGCUACCUAUUGAUUGGUCGAUAUUAUAUUGAUCAACUAUUGAUUGGUCAAUUUUACAUACUGCUCAAUGUUGAUGGGUCAUUGAUCAAUGUUUUUGAAGGUGCGGGUAAGACAACGACAUUUAGCAUGCUGACAGGAGACCUUAGCAUAACGGAAGGCACUGCUUACCUGGAUGGAUUCAACAUCCAAUCAAAUUUGAAGCAGGUACUACAUCAUUCCAUCCAUUACAUGUUUACCUUUCUUUUCUUGCAGACAAUAGUUCACUCUCGCGUUUACCAUGAUCGCUGAUUUUUUCUCUUUAUAAGAGAGUACAAGUUUUUAAUUUUGUUUGCCCUGCCACUUAAAAUUUUCGUGUUUGUAACAGGUUCAACAGAGAAUUGGUUACUGUCCUCAGGUAUGUAAUUUAUUCAAUUUUUUAAAUUUUUCUUACGAAUGUUUAUCGGCGCUUAUAUGGCACUAGUCUCCUUCGCGGCCGUUUGUUGUGUCGUCACGCAACGGUUCUCCGCACAGUAGUGUUGUGUGACGACUCAAAAAUGGCUGCGAGAGGACUCAUAUAGCACUUGCUACUGAAUAAAGGGACAAUACAUUGUAUAUUGUUACAUUUUCAUUUUGCUUUCUCUGCCAGGAAAUAAAUAUAAUCUUGCUGACUGCACUCUAUAGCACUCUAUGCACAGAAAAUCUUUAAAACAUUUGGAGAAACAUUUCAAGCCUGAAUGAAGUGAAUGGAGACAUUUUCAAUAAAAAUCGUAUCCAUGCAUAAACUUUACGUUUCUCGUUUGUGUUUGUAUUUCAGUUCGACGCGCUAAUCGAACUUCUGACUGGACGGGAGAUGCUAACCAUGUAUGCUCGGUUGCGUGGAGUUCCAGACGAGAAGAUCAAAGGCAUUGUUUCAGACAUUAUUCAUCUUCUGCGUUUGGAGAAGUGGGCGGACUCUCUGUGUGGAAACUAUAGGUACACCCUUGGUCUUAGUUAUCAGUUGUCUUUUGCGUUAGGCCUCGAUUACAUGGAGAAAAGUUGUCCCGGGAAAGAGCCCUCCUAGCCGAGUCAACGUAAGCUACAACCAGUUCCAAAAGUACUUGAGACACUGUACCUUGUUUUGGCUUAAAUGGCCUGUCCAUAGUCCGGUGUGCUUGUGAUCCUCCCUCCACCCCUCAUCGAAGUUGCUAGCAAUACAAGACCAUGCUCAAAACGUGGAGGAACAACUUUGAAUGGGAGGGAGGAGGGAGUUCAUAUCUCACCGACCUGUGACUAGCAGCGAUUUGAAGCAUGAAAGGUUGUUAUUUCGUGGGAGUGUCUCAACAUUUUUGUAACUGGUUGUAGCGUUAAGGAAAAAGGUGACCUCUUUGCUCGAGCCAACAAUGCUGGCGCAUACUCUGAUAGUCUCGCCUUGGCCGCGUUGAUGCGGCUGGGCGAGAAACGUUGGCCCAGCUAGGAGGGGAACCCUACACUGUGCCAUCAAAACUUAUUUACCCGCUUUUGUAAGGAGAUGUAGGAAAAGUUGUCUGGCCCAGGGUAGCUCGAGUAGGCGAGUGACUCUUCAACCCGUGACACGCUUUUCUCCGUAUAAUCGAGGCUUCAUUUUUUCCUUUUGUUGUUAAAGGUCUUUCAGAGUGAGGUGCACUUAUCAUUUGUUUUUGUCUUGUUUUUCAGCGGUGGCAACAGACGAAAGCUGAGUACAGCAAUUGCUUUGGUUGGAAAUCCACCAAUUAUAUUCCUGGUAAGCACCUUAGCACGGUAAAUUAAACUGUACAUCGUAUUGUGGUUCUUUGUUUUUUUACUGUUCUGCCUUUGGAAGGACAAAACUGCUCCCUCGAGCCGGAUGAGAAUCCGUGAGCUGGCAGCUACGGAUAGCCAAACCUUGAGCCUUUUAGGUCAGUCUAAAGAAAUGAAAAAAAAAACCUCUGCCCCAUUAGCUCAGUAGGAUAAGCACCGAUCUACCAAGCGGGAGGUCGUAGGUUCAAACCCCAGCCGGCCCCCCAGCCAGGGUCUUACAAAAAAGACUAGCGAGAUCAUGCUGGCCUUAAUCUAAGACUUUAUCCCAGGUCAGAUGAUCGCUUCAUUGGGUGGUGACGUUAAGUCGUUGGCGUUGUCUCCUCCUUUUUCCUUAUCAAUUGCACGUUAUAAAACCCACAGUGCUGUUAAAAAAAGUAGGAGGCCAGAGCUAGACCCCUGUGGUGUGGUCUGUUUGUUACGGGGGAAGGGGACUGUCACGGGCCCGCAGUAAUUUGCUUCACGCUGUUGUGGUUACCCUGCCAAGAAUUGGCGAAUCUAGUGAAAAGAGAAAAGAAUUUUGAGCACCGGUCACGGGACAGAGUUUAAAGGCUUCCUCUCUGGACUCUGCUAAUGCCUGUCUGGAUCUUCAAAGAAAAGGAAAUUACCAUUUCAAAUUAUGUAUGCCUUUUGUUGGUCUUGCCCCAGUGCGACGUUUGCAUCCCAGCACGGCGGUUUUGUACCACGUGAAUGGCAAGCUACAAAGGGCCUAUUUGAAACCACUAACAUGCUUCAUUGUUUGUUUUGUAGGAUGAACCCACCACUGGUAUGGAUCCAGUUGCCCGACGCUUUCUCUGGGAUACAUUGACAGGUGUCUUGAAAGACGGACGCUCCAUCGUGCUGACGUCACACAGGUACACGCGUCAGGGACCUUAAGAUCCGACGACGGCGAGGGCAACGAGAACGUUAAGAGAGCAAUAGGUUAAGAUUAGCAAAACGACUGACAUCUUUGCACGUGCAGCACACUUUUUUGUUCAUUUCUUUGCCAUCACCGCACGGCUACGACGUGAAAAUGUCUAAUUUCACGUUUUAGGGAGGACGUAAAGAAGUCACGACGAAAUUGUCUUUCUCUUUCUGAACUUAUGUAUCAUGGUUGUUAGGAAUUCAACUCCUGGAGAGUUCGCCUGUUUUUGACAAAGUAAGUGAGUUGGAAUAAUCGCGAUGAAGAUUGAAAGAAUGCGAAUUAACUUUUUAUGUGACUUGUUCGCUGUCGUCGCCAUCCUCGGAUCUUAAGGUCCCAAUACGACUUGCACGUGCUACCGAAACAGAUUGAUACUCGUGAACAGGGAAACCAGGAACAAAUAUACGGCUUGAAAUACCGUACAAAUUCUGUUAAGCACAUGUUUGGGCAGUGCAUUUGGUUAAACUAGACUGUUCCAGUGUCUUUUGUUCAAUACCAAGUGGACGCACUAUGCACAAGCAUUUCACGAAUUUGCUUAUUUAGAAUAGAACGUAUUAGUGCGAUCGUAAUUUGUAGUGCUAAAAUAUAAUGUACUUCGUGUAUUGGUUUGUUUCAGACGCCAACCUUCAAAAAAAUUAACUUCAAAACGAUAUACUUAAAUAUCCUUGCUAUUUUAGCGGUUUUCGCCUGGCAUGGCCAAGAGCGCUUGUUUGCAGGCUAAGAAUGGAAUAAUUACGUACCAGUGAGGCUGAGGCUUUAAAGAAUUUUUGUUUUGUUUUGUUAGUUUAUUUUUGUUACGCACAGACUCAAAUUUGUAGCAUCUUAGCGGUUAAAAUGUUGACGUGGCUUUCUCUUUCAGCAUGGAAGAGUGCGAGGCUCUUUGUACAAGACUGGCGAUUAUGGUGAACGGACACUUCAAAUGUCUUGGCUCCUCUCAGCAUCUUAAGAGCAGGUAAGGCAAGCUCGGGGCUUGAAAAAUUCUUGAACACCAGCACGUAUUUUGGGCAAGCAGCUCUCAUAUUUUUUCAUGCCCGGGGCAACUACGUGCUUAGAGGAUAACUUUCCUGGACACUUGUGCAUCGGGCAAGUGAGCUUUUAAAAUUUACUUGUCCAGCAAGAAAAUCUACUUUUCCCAGACCACCAGACGGGACUUCUUUUCUAGCCCUGCAAGCUCUAUACUGAGCCAUUCCGUUCCUGAGUACCGUUACCUCGAUGCACCAUGGUAGAAUGUUCUUAGUACUUAUCGACAGAGCAAAUGAGUUUAAUUCGGUAUGUUGCAGUUUAAACACGUCCCAAACCCUUACGAUAUUUUUACGUCAUGUUCAGUGAGCGUGAAUAGAAUGCCUCUCUUAGUAUACAAAGCUUUAACUACAUAGUAAGGAAUCUUUCGUAUAAAAUAAGCCUGUAGAUGGGAAGCUUUUGAUGUCCUAGUUUAUUCUUUCUCUCGUGUUCUGAAUUUCCGAUCGAGUUCAAACUCAGAUCGGCCGUUGCUCUUCUUGAUAAAAUCAUUCGUUAUUUUAUUCACCAGAUUUGGAAGAGGGUAUACAUUGAUGGUUAAGGUCGGUAGCCAGCAACCUACGGUCUCGCUCACAGGAAUAGCUGACUCUGAAGGUAAAGUAAAAAUUAUACUUUUCUGGGAAACUGCCCACCUACCCUCCCCUUAGCCAACAUUAACACUUGCUUCUCACUUAGGGAAAAAGGUUGGCUUAGGGGAGGGGUAGGUGGGCAGUUUCCCAGAAAAGUAUAGUGAUCCCAGUAAAUGAAUUGGUUGAUAAUGUUAACGGGUUCAACGAAUUGAAAACUUCCCCAGUAUGGCAUCAGUCUGUAGGAACUUGUGGUCUCCCAAAGUAUUUUGCCCUCACGUUUCCCGUUAGGGUCGCCUUAAAUCGUAGGUUAACGCAUUGAACUUCAAAAUUAACUGUGGAGACAUGUAGUAUAGGUAAUUCAAUGGUAACUGUCAACGGAGCCUAUGAACGGAAAUCAUAGGCGCAGCAUUGAUCGUUAAGAACGUAAGAGAAAGAUUUUCCAAAAUAAUUAGCCCUAGAAUUUCUGACAUAGAGUCAGUGUGUGGAAUUUUGUGUUUUAAAAUUUUCUAAAAAAAAUAGUGUUGUUUUCAAAUCUAAUUUUAGGCGCUGUUGGGAGAAGAAGAGUGAAUAUAUCCAUUACAUGUCAAAAUAUUUGAGACAAACAAUUGUUAUCUCCCCAUUUUGUUGGGAAAUUUAGUGUAGGUUUUUUUUUGUCCUACAGCAUGCACUUGCUCCUCUUUUUUUGGCCAGGUUCUUUUAAAAAUGUCUUCGGUUUGUUACUUCUAGUAAAUCGUGUUGAAGUUGUACCCGCCUUUCAAAGUCCCCAUGCUGUUCCUUCGAGCCAGCCCCAGGUCUUCGCCAAUCCAACGGCUCAAUUGGACAACCCUGAUUCCGCCGCGGCAAUAGAUGCUGUUAACAGAGUCAUGCAGUUUGUUUCCAGUGCCUUUGGCGGAGCAACUCUUAUGGACAGUCACAGUGUAAGUCGUGCAAGUCCCAGUCUCCUUCGAAGCCUUCUUUGUGUCCCUGGAGAAGUGUUGCGUGACGACACGGCUGUGUUGGAGACUACUCAAGUCCUGACUGAGCUCAAUUUUACUCUUAGGAAGCCAAACCUGUAUUAAGCGGACACUCUUGGGGAAUAACCAGUUGCCCGCUUAAUACGGUUCCCAGUGCCGAGAAAUACAGCUCUAAGUAAAAUAGGCAAUGGCGUAAUUUCGUUGCUAUAUCAGCUACGAUUUCAUUGCAACCCUGAUCAUAACAAAUUUUCAUAUUUAUCUGAUACAGCCGUGGUGGUAAUUUUUCAAAUCUUUGUUAAUGACGACGUAGUUUAUGCUAAAACUUGGGAGGUAUUGACUGUGAAAAACCCCAUUGAGCCACCUUAAUAGAGGUGGCCGCUUCAUACAGGUUUGACCGUUCUAUCAAUACUAUACUGAACCAAGCAACUGCGAAAAUCAUUAAGUUCACGUUCUUUAGUCAAAUUUUCAUUACAUGAAGUUCUACUUUUUAGAAUUGUAAUGGUUUGUGCAUUGUUUCUUUUAGGGAAUCUUGCAUUACCAGAUAGUUAAUGAAGCUCUGAGCUGGUCGUACAUCUUUGGUCAGCUUGAAAGAAACAGAAGUGCGUUGAACAUUGUGGAUUACAGCAUCAGCCAGACAACACUAGAACAGGUAAAGCUGUUAAGCUCAUUUUUGAGGAGCAAGAGUGACGCAUUGGUGAGAGCACUUGCUUUCCACGUGCAAUGUGGCCCGGGGUUUCUGGGUACUCAAGUUUUUCCCUCUCCUCAAAAACCAAAACUACCAACUUCCAUUUCGAUCAGUUAUGGUAGACGAAGAACCACUAUGUGAAUGUGCUACCUUUGAAUCAUUGUGUAUCUUUUUAUGUAUUUGCCAGUCUUCUCAAUUUUCCAAAUCUCAAUCUUGACUUUAAUGCGUGUUCAUUUACUUUUUUAAACUGAGAAAACGCCUGAGUUUUUUAACUCCAGGGUUGCCUGGGUGAAUAACGCGGUUACAAUGGCCAUCUAUGGCGACGCUGCGUUAAUUACCUAAAUAAAUAAGGUAAUAAUUGCGGGCGACAGGUUGCUACGCAUGCAUGACACGUCUGUAGCCAGCAUUCGUUUUAUCAGGUGAAACGUUCGCAAAGCACUAGCGUUGGAGCAAGGGCGUUUUGACCUUCGAUCAAACUCGCCCGCUCUCUCUAGCCUUUGGUUAUUACCAGUCAUAAAGAUUAUAAAAUACUGGGUGUGAGAGUUGGCACUGGUGAACAUCGUUUUUGAGCAUAUUAGAGACCCGGUCAGCGUCACAUUUGUGAGAUGUGGCCUUAUUAUUUCUCGGCUUUUCUUGGUAGGUUUUCAUCAACUUUGCCAAAGAGCAGCACUCAGAAGACCGCACUUCAGUCAAGCGAAAGUGCAUGUGUUUUCCUUGCUGUCGGUAA